AUGUCGGCACCGAUUAUACUGCUGAAAGAAGGUACCGAGCAAGCUCAGGGCAAGAGGCAGAUCAUUAGCAAUAUCCAGGCAUGUCAAGUGGUAGCCGAUGCCGUUCGAACCACUCUUGGACCUCGUGGCAUGGACAAGCUGAUCGUGGAAACCGGCGGCAAAGCAACAAUUUCCAAUGACGGUGCCACGAUUCUGAAACUGUUAGAUAUUGUAUUUCCUGCUGCAAAGGUACUUGUCGACAUUGCCAAGUCGCAAGAUGCCGAGGCUGUCGAUUUCAUAAAGCAAAUUUCGGUGAAUAUAACGUCUGCGGACGGUGGCAUUGGCCGCGACCGACUCGUGAAAUGCGCCGCAACCACGCUGAGUUCGAAGCUGGUUUCGACCCAGAAGGACUACUUCGCAAAUAUGAUUGUCGAGGCAGUAGCCCAUUUGGAUGAAGGCUUGCCCAUAAACAUGAUAGGAAUCAAAAAAGUUCACGGUGGAUCUCUCGAGGAUUCGGAAUUAGUGCUUGGUGUAGCGUUCAAGAAGUCAUUUUCCUAUGCCGGCUUCGAAAUGCAACCAAAAGCAUAUGCUAACCCGAAAAUUGCGAUGCUCAACAUCGAGCUUGAAGUAAAGGCCGAAAAGGACAAUGCCGAAGUGAGGAUCGACACCGUCCAGGAGUACCAACGUAUUGUCGAUGCAGAGUGGAACAUCCUCUAUGAUAAGUUAAUAAAAAUUCAGGAAAGCGGCGCCACGGUCGUUCUGUCUAAAUUACCUAUCGGUGACGUGGCGACUCAGUGGUUCGCCGACCGUGACAUGUUUUGCGCGGGUCGCGUUGCGGAGGAGGACAUGAAACGGACCGUUGAGGCUUGCGGCGGUGCUAUUCAAACGUCGGUCAGCAACUUGACGCCCAACGUUUUGGGCACAUGCGAAAUGUUUCAGGAAAAACAGAUCGGAAACGAGCGGUACAACUACUUCACUGGCUGUUCAAAGGCGAAAACAUGUUCCAUAAUUCUUCGAGGUGGCGCAGAACAGUUCAUAGAUGAGACCGAACGGUCGCUGCACGACGCGAUUAUGAUCGUCAGGCGAGCGAUGAAAAAUGUAUCGAUUGUAGCCGGUGGAGGAGCGAUUGACAUGGAGACCAGCAAGUAUUUGCGGGAUGUUGCAAGAGAGAUCCCAGGCAAAGAACAGCUACUCAUGUGCGCGUUUGCCAAGUCAUUUGAAAGCAUUCCCCGGCAGCUGUGCUACAACGCUGGAUUCGAUGCUACGAAUUUGCUGAACAAGCUGAGGCAGAAACAUGCUCUCGGUGAAAAAUGGUUCGGAAUUGACAUGAAAAACGAAGACGUGACUGAUACAAUGGAAUCAUGUGUUUGGGAGCCAUCCAUGGUCAAAGUGAACGCAGUCACCGCGGCGGCUGAAGCAGCUUGCACUGUGUUGUCCGUUGACCAGACGAUCAAAAAUCCGAAGUCCAGUAACGAUGUCGACGGACAGGGUCGCGGUGGAUUUAAUCCUGGCCGAACUUUCGGUUAG